AUGCCAAAGGCUUUAAGGAUUUUACUCCCUAUCAAGCGAGUGAUUGACCCCCAGAUCAGACCAAGAAUUAAUCUAGCUAAGACAGCGAUCGAGAAAACAGGUGUGCAAUUCAGUUUGAAUCCAUUUGAUGAUAUAGCAGUAGAGGAGGCGGUACGUAUCAGGGAGGCCAAAAAGUUCCCAGUGGAGAAUAUUCAUGCAGUUUCUAUUGGACCUUUAAAGGUCCAGGACUCGUUGAUUACGGCGUUGGCUAAAGGUGCUGACUCAUCGACGUUAAUAGAUUCAGGUGAUUUAGAUCUUGAGCCUCUGGCCGUUGCCAAAAUUUUAAAGAAAGUUGUGGAAAAGCACAAGUGUAAUUUGGUUAUCAUGGGCAAGCAAGCCACGGAUGACGAUAGUAACAAUACUGGGCAGAUGUUAGCCGGACUGCUUAAUUGGCCACAGGCCACCAAUGCGGCUAAGGUCGAGUUCGAUGAAGCUAAUACGAGAGCUUUUGUGACUAGGGAGGUUGAUGGCGGUGAAGAAAUCAUAAGUGCAGCGUUGCCCUUGGUAAUUACUACGGAUCUUCGUCUCAAUACUCCGCGGUAUGUCACACUGCCUAAUAAGAUGAAGGCCAAGAAGAAGCCCAUGGAGAAGCUGAAGCUUUUGGAUUUCAAGGAUCUCUCUCUAGAGCCGCGGCUUAACGUUACAAGAGUAGAGGAUGCUCCAGAAAAAUCCCCAGGCAUUAAGGUGGACUCCGUUGAUGAGCUGAUUUCGAAGUUGAAAGAAGCUAAAGUCAUCUAG